GUCGGAGGACGACAAGGGUAAGGACGAGGAGUCUGCCUCGUCUUCGGGAGGCGAGGACGCAGGUGCAUCCCGAGUGGUGGACGGGGCGUCCGCUUCCACUGUUAUUCCGUGCCCGAGGCCGGUGUCAGCCGUGAAGGGAGCAGAGAAGCCGAAGAGGAUAAGGAGGCCGAGGAGUGGGCCAGGGUACUCCCACCUGGAUCUGACGAAUAUCUACCUUAUCAAACCGGAGAGCAACGCGGCCGAUUACCUUGUCGCGCAGAUGUAUGUGGGGCCGUUCGGGAGGGUUAGGGCACCCAGGCCGACGGACCAUGUACUUAAUCCGCCGCCGGGAUACUUUGGAGUGUACCCGAUGAGCUUCGCCAAGGGGCUGAGAUUUCCCCUUCAUCCCUUCAUCACGAAAUACUUGGACAUGGUGGGGCUUCCUCCGGCCUUGCUGACCCCGAAUAGCUACUCGUUGAUGGUGGGCUUCUUGCUCCGCUGUGAGGAGUUGGGCUACAAGCCGACGACAGCUCUCUUCAUGAACCUCUACCAGAUUGGCCGAGGAAGUCACAAGAACUGUGCGUCCUACGCCACCCUCCAACAAUUGCCGAAGAAGAGGAGCUUCACGCACUUGCCUUCGUCCAUCCAUGGUUGGAAGAGCAAGUUCGUUUUCGUGUCCCUUGGUGAGAACGGCACUGAAUUUCCCUCUCUCGGCCAUACUGGGAGGUUCAAUCUGCACGACCCGUCGAAGAGUUCGAUCUUGGACGCUCAGGUGGAGGCGUUCCUGGACGGGGGGCCGAGGAGCGUGAAAGACUACAUCACCGAGUAUAAGAUGACCGCCCUCGGCUUCUUUAGGUACUAUGUGUAUGGUGACAAGGAGGACGAUGUCCAACUGUGGCUGAGGAUGACCACUACCUUUGAGGAGGCCGACGGCCCGGAUUUGGGCAUUCCUGCUGAGGCCGAUGACUUUGUGAUGGAUCGACGUUCGAUCAUGGCCAUAGCCAAGGCCAAGGUGGCCGAGGCGGCCGAGGCGGCGAGGCGUGCCACGGACGAGGGAGGCGGGGCUGUUGCUGGUGUGGCCCCGAAGCCUGCCCAGUCAAAGAAAAAACGACCUCCCACUGACGGCCAGAAGAAGCUGACCGAGACUGGUCUGAAUCUCGCCAAGAAGACGAAGAAGGCGCCGUCUCCUUCCCAUGCCGAUGAGGUCGGCGUUCUGACCGUCCCAAGUGUGGACGAUGGUGGUUCUGGCGCUGCCGCCGCCGUUGUGGAUCUUUCCGCUGCUCCUUUCAGCGGCGUUGCUCAACCGCUCCCUCUCGUCCAGGAGACUCGGACGAAGCGGGCUGGCAAGGAGAUUGCCACUGCCACUUAUCGGAAAGUGGUGGAGUACCCCGUCAGCGGGGGUGUCUUUGAUGAUGGCGUUGACGACCAUGAUGUGCUUGCCCAGGCCAUGCCGGCCAAGGAUCGGGCCUACCUCAAGAAGCUCGGGGACUUCAAGGUCUAUGAAGGCGGGAUGGACCUCAUCGUCCAAGGUGCCUUCAUGCUCAUGGAGAGCCACAAAAGGCAGCAACGGGAGAUUGCUCGUCUGAAGGAGCUCGAGCAAAAGGCUGCCUCGGCCGAUGAGGCGAUGGCCUGCUUGGAUCAGCUCCGAGAGGAUGCCAAGGCUCUGCAGAAGAGAGCCGAUGAGGCUGCUGCAGCGAAGGACGAUGCUCUGGCCAAGCUUGCGGAGAGCCAGAGAGCGUUUGAGGUUGAGCGACGCAAGAAUGAUGAAGCCGUGAAGGCUACGAAUUGAGGCCGAGGCUGCCGCUGUGAAGGCCGCUGAUGAGGCCGUUCAAAAGUUCCUGGCCGAGGGAUGGAAGGCCGACGAGCGGCUCCCCUGGUGCUAUGAAGUGGUGGCCGCCAAGCUCGAAGAUUGGGGAAUGAACUCCCCCGCCGGCCAGGAGUACUUUGGAAGGGAGAUGUCCGUGUACUACAACAUGGGCCAACAACGGAUGCAGAGGCUCCUGUGCCGGCGGCUGGCGCGUGCCCUUAAAGCAAUGGUCUAUACCUCUGGGUGGGCGAGGCGGAACCUGAGGCUUCCCAGGCUGAUGAAGGAUCCCGAGGAGCAGGCCAAGCUUCCUCUUUCGGAAAGGGAGGCCCCAAUCGAUAGUUCCGGCCUCGGCGAGCCGGACUAUGAUGAGUUUGAUUUUUUGGACGACGCUACGAGCUCUGCAGCCACUGUCGGUCAGGACACUGAGGCCGAAGAGGAAGCCGAGGAUGCCGAUGAGCAUACCCAUGCUGAGCAUGUUGCAGAUGAAGGCACCCAGGAGGCGUGAUCGGCCAUCCCCUUAUCUUUUGUUUGUAAUUAGUAGCAUCCUCUUUUUUACCCAACUUAAUGUAAUGGCCGUAGCGCCCUCUUGUGUAAUUAACAUUUUGAUGAAUGAAUGCUUUGCCGGCCUCUUCGGCUGUUGACGUC